GAGAGGCAGGCGUCAAAGGUCAACACCAAGGGGGCGGGGCGUUGAGGAGUUUUGAACAUGGCGGAUAAAGAUAAGAAAAAGAAGGAGAGUAUAUUUGAUUUGUCGAAAUAUAUCGACAAACAUAUCAGAGUGAAGUUUCAAGGAGGUCGUGAAGCAAGCGGUGUCUUGAAAGGCUUCGACCCACUGUUGAAUCUUGUGUUGGAUGGCACCAUUGAAUAUAUGCGAGAUCCAGAUGACCAGUAUAAGCUGACUGAGGACACCCGGCAGCUCGGUCUGGUCGUGUGCCGAGGGACGUCGGUUGUUCUCAUCUGUCCACAGGAUGGGAUGGAGGCCAUUCCAAAUCCUUUCAUUCAACAGCAGGAUGGAUAAACUGCACACUAGCAUAAACAAACACAGACAGACACCAUGCAGCGUUUUUUCUUGCAUUGGAUUGAUUUUUCCUAAAGAAAACAGUUGGCUUUUUUAGUUUUGAAAUUAUGGAUGUCAUUUCAUUAGAAGUAUACAUAAUGUAUUUAGACUCAGGAUAAAUGUUUUUCUGUACUUUAUGAAACUCAUGCAUUGAUGUUUUUUGUGUGUUGGUUAUAGUUUUGAAAUAUGUGGUUUUCUGUUUAUGAAAACGAGCAAAUAGUGUUUCCCUGGUUUGUUUUAUUACUAAGGUUAAUUUGAACAUUAAUAAAGAUCUGGGAUUUAAUAAUUUGUAAUAAAAGCAAAAACGUUUGACUGUA